AUGAGGCUAGGUUUCUGGGGUAAAGGGAGAGUGAGGGAACCGAGGGGUCUAGGUUUCUCAUCGGAACCAGUGGUGCAAGGUUGGCCACGGCGUUGGUCUUUGACUGGAGUGAAACAGAGUGGGAUUCGAGGGUUUGGGUUUGAGUCACGGUUUAGGGUCGUGUUUAUUUUAGGAAAAGUUCGGCUGGGGUUGUCGUUGGGGCUUACGAGCUCCUCAUCGGAGCGUAGAACGGCGGAGCCCAUGGAGGCUCUGGGUUUCGUCGAGGGCAAGUCAUUUUCCCUUCACACGGUGCUUCAUUUUCUCUCCACACCGAAAAUCCUCAUUCUCACCGGACCCAAGCUGGCAUCCAUAGGAACCUGUAUAGGCAGGUUCACACACGGAGGCAAUUUCCAUUUGACCGUCGAAUGUUUGAACCUGUUGACUGCGAACGCGAAGCACAAAGUUUGGCUAAAACCCACCUCGGGGAUGUCGUUUCUUUACGCGAAUCAUGUUUUGAAAGGUGGGUUAGGGAGGAUAACGGAGAGCAUUGCGCCUGGUGAUGGGGUCGUUUUUUCCAUGUCGGAUUUGCCUUUGGGGUUUGGGAUUGCUGCUAAGAGUACUCAAGAUUGUAGGAAAUUGGAUCCUAAUGCCAUUGUUGUGCUUCACCAGGCUGAUAUUGGGGAGUAUUUGAGGAUGGAGAUUCAAAGUGAGCAGCUAAUUGAAGAGUGAAUUGGGUAUUUCUAUCUGCUACUUAUCAGUUUUUUUUUUUUUUUUUGAGGUUGGAUUUUACCAUAACUUUGGGGAGCUUGGUUCAACAUGUACUCUGGGUUUUCUUAUUAUAAGUAUUUGCUGCUUCUUAUGUUACCAUUAAUUUGGCAAAUAGCUUUUGUAUUAGUCUAUAUUUAUGAGUGAUAGAAAUGAAAGUUUUUUAUUCAUUGUCA